AGCCUUCAAAAGAAAGGGAAAAAAACACACAAAAAGAGAAGAGGAGGAAGAAGAGAAGAGAGAGAGAGAGAGAGAGAGAGAGAGAGAGAGCAACGGAAAAGCUACCCAAGGGAGAAGCGAGCGAGAGAGCGAAGCAGCCUCCUCCUCCUCCUCUCUCUCUCCUUCCUCCGAUUCACACACACUCCUCGCCGUCUUGUUUCUUCUUCGUCUGGGUGGUUGAUCCAUCCAUCCAGAGAUUGCCUGUGCGAGGAAGGGAGCGGGCGAGUGGCGGAUUUGUUUUUGGUUUGUUUUUGAGUUUGUUUUUAUUGGUGGUAUCCUCUCCUCCUCCUGUGCGAGGAGCAGCUGGUGGAUUGUUCGUUCCAGCUCCGUUUCUUGUCUUGAUUUGGAAUCCGGGAAAUUUUUCCGCCUCCCGUUUCUUGAUUUCCGGUCCCCCCCCUUCCUUGGUGGAAGUGGGAAGGGGAGGGGGAAGGAUUUUUUGGUGGGGAAUUCGAGGGGGCGAGGUGAUGAACUCUUGCCUCUUUGACCAGCCUUGAUUUUCCUGGUGAUUUUGCUUGGAAUUUCUCGGAUUUUGUGGGGGGUUCUUUGAUCCGGGCUCCAUGGGUCUCUGCCAUGGCAAGUCGGCGGCGGUGCUGGAGCCAACGGUGGAGGAGGAGGAGGAGGGGGCGACGCGCGUAGCCGAGGCCGCGGCGGCGCCGGCGAAGCCAGCGUCGCCUGCGCCUUCGGCGGCGGCGGCGGCGGCGGCGCCGGCGAAGCCCGGGACGCCGAAGCAGCACAAGUUCCCGUUCUACCUGCCGAGCCCGCUCCCGGCGUCGAGCUACAAGGGCUCGCCGGCGAACUCGAGCGUGGCGUCGACGCCCGCGCGCGGCGGGUUCAAGCGGCCGUUCCCGCCGCCGUCGCCGGCGAAGCACAUCCGCGCGCUCCUGGCGCGGCGCCACGGCUCGGUGAAGCCGAACGAGGCGUCCAUCCCGGAGUCCGGCGAGCCCGGCGUGGCGCUGGACAAGGGCUUCGGCUUCUCCAGGCACUUCGCCGCCAAGUACGAGCUCGGCCGCGAGGUUGGCCGCGGCCACUUCGGCUACACCUGCGCCGCCACCUGCAAGAAGGGCGAGCUCAAGGGCGACGACGUCGCCGUCAAGGUCAUCCCCAAGGCCAAGAUGACUACUGCUAUUGCCAUUGAAGAUGUCAGGAGAGAAGUCAGAAUAUUGAGUUCUUUGGCAGGGCACAGCAACUUAGUGCAGUUUUAUGAUGCUUAUGAGGAUGAAGAAAAUGUAUAUAUAGUUAUGGAGUUAUGCAAAGGAGGUGAACUGCUGGACAGGAUUUUGGCUAGAGGUGGAAAAUAUUCUGAGGAAGAUGCAAAGGUUGUUAUGCGCCAAAUCCUAAGUGUUGCUUCAUUUUGUCAUCUUCAGGGUGUUGUUCAUCGGGAUCUGAAACCAGAGAAUUUCCUUUUCUCGUCAAAGGAUGAGAACUCUGCCAUGAAGGUCAUAGACUUCGGUUUGUCUGACUUUGUAAAGCCAGAUGAGAGGCUUAAUGACAUUGUCGGAAGUGCAUAUUAUGUUGCUCCUGAAGUGCUCCAUCGAUCUUAUGGCACUGAGGCAGAUAUGUGGAGCAUUGGAGUAAUAGUGUAUAUUUUGCUUUGUGGCAGCCGUCCUUUCUGGGCACGUACUGAGUCAGGAAUAUUCCGAGCUGUGCUGAAAGCAGACCCUAGUUUUGAGGAAGCCCCAUGGCCAACCCUCUCUGCUGAAGCAAAAGACUUUGUAAGGAGGCUGCUCAAUAAAGAUUACCGCAAGAGGAUGACUGCUGCACAAGCCCUCUGUCAUCCAUGGAUUCGUGGUACUGAAGAAGUGAAGCUUCCUUUGGACAUGAUAAUUUAUAGGCUUAUGAGGGCUUACAUAAGUUCAUCUUCUUUACGGAGAGCUGCAUUGAGGGCCCUUGCCAAGACAUUGACAACAGAUCAAAUCUAUUACCUAAGAGAACAGUUUGAAUUGAUAGGCCCAAACAAGAGCGAUCUUAUUACUUUGCAAAAUUUGAAGACGGCCUUGAUGAAGAACUCCACAAAUGCAAUGAAGGAUUCUAGGGUGGUUGACUUUGUUAACACAAUAUCCAAUAUUCAGUACAGAAAGUUGGAUUUUGAGGAGUUUUCUGCUGCUGCCAUCAGUGUUUACCAGAUGGAAGGUUUGGAAACCUGGGAACAACAUGCCCGGCAAGCGUACGAGUUCUUUGAUAAGGAGGGUAACCGACCAAUUGUGAUCGACGAGCUCGCAUCGGAACUUGGAUUGGGUCCUUCGGUUCCCCUACAUGUUGUUCUCCAAGAUUGGAUCAGACAUCCUGAUGGAAAACUCAGCUUCCUUGGGUUCAUGAAACUAUUGCAUGGAGUUUCUUCGCGUACCAUCCCAAAAACCUGAGAUAAUAACUUAUUUUCUUACAUCAACCAAGGCAAAAGUGUGAUGACUAAACUAAUCUCUGGCUGUCUGGAGAAGCGGCAUGGAACCAGUACAAAGAUUAACAAAGCUGUCCUAGUGUAACAAGUGAAAAAGCUCUCCUGUCAGGCCCGCGAAUUUCGCCUUCUCUUACCAGAUGAUUGAUGUUGUGUUUGUAUUCAGGUUUGUUUAGAGGUGAAUGUACAGAUGAGUUUAGGAAACAGGAAAAAUGAGGUGCUAAGAAAGUGAAACAUGGUUUAAUUUCGAUUGGUGUAACUGUGUGCGUUUGAUCUUCGCCGAUCUGUGAAUGUCGUGAUUGGACUGAAAUUGAGAAGUGAGGUGGUAUCAGUACCAUAUUCGUAGAUAUUUCUUGAGUUUUUUUUUCUUAUUGAAAUUUACUCGUGUUUAUUUGCAACAGUUUGGCUCAUUGGCUGUACAUCGAUGU